AUGCCCACGAAACGCACUCGAGCCGGCCCGGUAACCCCGUUCACAAGAGCAAAUAACAAGCAAGGUGAACCCAUCCCGAUACCUGAGCCGCGCGUAGAGGAGGAGGAAGAGGUUAGCGACGAAGCGUCCACAACAACGCCUACAACAACUUCUUCCUCGAACAUAGAUCCUCAUAUAGAGAGAUUCCGCACUUCUGCUCCUCAUCCACCUGUCCCCUGCUUCCAAUGCGCAAUGAACAUCUUCACCCUCAAACCCCCAAACGGCGAAAUCUCCGGUCUACACCACUGCAUCUCUACCCCGAAAGGUUGCGAAAAGUGCAAAAAGCACAACCUCGGAUGCUCUCCGCUACCACCCGCAGCCCAUCGCGAAGCCCUCAAAAUCUCGCGAAUGCCGCCGAUUUAG